CCAGUGACGUAAAGGCUAGGAUGAGGUUAAACGGCUAUUUUCGGCUUACUACCUGACUGUAAGCAGAAGAACGGUGGCAGCUACACCUGAACCAACGCGGCGUUUUUCAACUCAGAGUGUCAAACUAAUUACGGGUCGCUCUCUCACUGAGGGUUUCAUCUACCUCAUAAUUUUUGGGUGAGUUUAUCGCCAUGUUAUCAUCCGUUCCUACCAGGCUGCUGACGCGAAGGUCGCGCAGCCUGUCACCGUGCGGUCGCGUGCUCCAGACCAGUGCCAGUGGAGCCACAGGUCAAUGUUUCCGCGAAACACAGGCGGAGACCAACCGAAACCCUAUCGUAUCCACGUCCCGUGUAUCCAGGAGGGGGAUUUUGUCUGAAGAGACUGCUGUUACCAGCGUGAACCCAUCGGUGCAGUACCACCACCUCGCCCCAAGAUGGCUGUCAAACCUGGAGAACCGCCGUAGCUCCUGGGCGGCUCUGGCCAGUAGAGGGCGCCAAAAUAACCAGUAUUGGGAGGACAGCAGACAGAGUGGUGGGAGUGAGAGCCGGGGUACAGGUGGGGAUGCCAGCCGAGCAGGACUGGCCUCAGCUGGUGUGCUGUCAGCCGCAGCAGUGGCCUUCUGCCUCAGGAAAGACUCCGAUAACAAAGAUGAUUCUCUUCUUGAGGCAGCAAGAACCAACAAUGCACAGGAUGUGUCCAGGCUAAUAAAAGAAGGCGUGGAUCCAAAUCAUCGUCACCGGCUGGGAUGGACCGCUCUCAUGGUGGCUGCAAUGAACAGACAGCACAGUGCUGUGAAAGCUCUUCUUGAAGCCGGAGCCGACCCGAACGCCGGCGACGACUUCAACAACGUUUAUGACACCUCAAGGGAGAAAGGCAUCCACUCUCUGGAAGUGCUGGUAUCCAGAGAGGAUGAAUUCAGCAGCAGGCUCAGCAGCAGGGCUGGUUUCCGUGGCUGCACCGCGCUGCACUACGCCACACUGGCUGAUGACCCACUCGCUGUCCGCUUGCUGCUGGAGGCUGGUGCCAACCCGUUGCAAACCAAUAGUUUGGGACACACGGCCCGGGCUUAUGCGAAGGAGGGAGAAGUCAACACAGUUCUGCAGGAGUGGGAGGGCAAGUUUAAGGAGCUGCAAGCGCGUCGAGAGGCAGAGGAAAGGAGAAGGUUCCCCCUGGAGAGGAGGCUGAAGGAGCACAUCAUCGGUCAGGAAGGGGCCAUCAAUACCGUGGCUUCAGCCAUCAGAAGAAAGGAGAACGGCUGGUAUGAUGAAGAGCAUCCUCUCGUCUUCCUCUUUCUUGGCUCAUCAGGAAUCGGAAAGACGGAGUUGGCAAAACAGGUUGCUCGCUACAUGCACAAAGACAUUAAGAAGGGUUUCAUCCGCAUGGACAUGUCGGAGUUCCAGGAAAAACACGAGGUUGCAAAAUUCAUUGGUUCUCCUCCAGGAUACGUUGGGCAUGAGGAAGGGGGUCAGCUGACCAAGUUGUUGAAGGCAUGCCCCAACGCUGUUGUUCUGUUUGAUGAAGUGGAUAAAGCUCAUCCCGACGUUCUUACCAUCAUGCUGCAGCUGUUUGAUGAGGGACGUCUCACGGACGGCAAAGGAAAGACUAUUGAGUGUAAGGACGCCAUUUUCAUCAUGACUUCAAAUGUUGCCAGUGAAGACAUUGCCCAGCAUGCUUUGCAACUGCGGCAGGAAGCUGAGGAGGUCAGUCGCAGGAAGCUGGCCGACAAACUCGAGGAUGUUGAGAAAAGCGACGACAUUAAAAUCUCCCGGCAGUUUAAAGAAACGGUCAUCCAACCAAUCCUGAAGGCUCAUUUCCGGAGGGACGAGUUUCUUGGUCGGAUCAAUGAAAUCGUGUACUUCCUGCCGUUUUGUUACUCAGAGCUGCUGCAGCUGGUCAGCAAAGAGCUCAACUUCUGGGCCAAAAAGGCUAAGCAGCGCCAUGACAUCACUCUUCAGUGGGAUCACCUGGUCCUGGACCUACUGGCCGGUGGAUAUAACCUGCACUAUGGAGCGCGUUCCAUCAAACAUGAGGUUGAGCGACGGGUCGUCAACCAAUUAGCUGCAGCGUACGAACAGGAGCUGCUGCCCAAGGGCUGCACGCUGCGUCUGUCUGUCCAAUCAGAAGGCCAGGAGGAGCGCAGCAUGCCCAGGCUGCGCCUGGAGGUGGUGGGAGAGGACAGUUCAUCGAGAACACUGGACAUCCGCCCACCGCUGAAUCCUGAACACUAAUACAAGACAACACUAAACCUCAUCAUCAUCAUCAUCAGCAGCAGUCGAAGCAUUAUCCAGCAUAAAGAGGAUGGAUGGUAACCAAUGGAUGUUCUUAAUAAAAGCGCAUCUGAGAAACUUC